UUGCAACUUGCUUCAGUUUCAGCCCUUCCAGCUAUAAAUCCCUGAAUAUUUCAAAUGUGAUUUCUCAAAACCCUAUUUCUAAACUUCAUACACUCCAAUCUGCUCUAUAAUUAACUGGAAAUGUCAUUGAAUUUCAGAAAAUUUAAGAAAAUUCGGGAAACUUCAGCUAUCACUCACCGAUUGAGUGAGAUUUUUGCGUCACAUACGUGUUCUUGUUCUGAUUAUAUUGGACACAAUUACUUCCGUGAACGGUUUUCCACUCGCAUUGGAGCAAUUCCACAUUUUUUCUCAUCGUGUUCAGCUGAUAUUUCCGAAAUUCGCGACGAACGCGUGAAAAGCGAUAGUAUCGACGAUAGCAAACGUUUUUAUGUUAGGACUGCGGAAACGGUUUCUAAAGAACGCCUAUUGAGUUCAGAUUAUAAUUCGAACAGUUGGGAUGGAGAAAACUGCAAUUUUGAUGGUUUCGACGAGUCUGAUGAAGAAGUAGAAGAGGGGAAGAGUGAAGAAGGCAGCGACGAGGAAUUUAGGGUAUUGAGUGCCUUUGAUGGGAACAGAGCGCGAAUCGAAGCUUCUAGAAGAAUCGAGGUGGACGAAGGUGAUUUGAGGCAUCCUUUAGUGAGAGAGAUAUGUAGGUUGAUUGAUCGCAGGGCAGCAUGGUCUCCGAAGCUUGAAUCGGAGUUGAAGCGAUUAUUGCGCAGCCUGAAACCUAGCCAAGUGUGCGCCGUGCUUCGAGCUCAAUCUGAUGAAAGAAAUGCUUUGAAUUUCUUCUACUGGGCUGACAGGCAAUGGCGGUACAUGCAUUACCCUGUUGUUUAUCAUGAUAUGCUGAGAAUUCUGAGUAAGACGAAGCUAUGCCAAGGUGCUAAGCGAGUUCUUCAUCUUAUGAUUAGGAGGAAGAUUGAGCUCUGGCCCGAAGAUUUUGGUUGUGUAAUGGUGUCUUUCAGUAGAGCUGGUCAUCUCAGCAAAGCCUUGCAGAUGUUGAACGUAAUGCAGAGAGCGGGAGUCGAGCUUGAUAUCUCGGUGUGCAAUACUGCGGUUAAUGUCUUGGUGGAGGGGGAUAAGUUGGAGAAAGCAUUAAGGUUUUCGGAGAGGAUGCAGAUGGUCGGGAUUGAACCUAAUGUUGUUACGUUUAACUGUCUGGUUAAGGGCUAUUGUGAAAGGAAACAGUUGGAUGAUGCAGUGAAGCUGAUCGAAGAAAUGCCUCUGAAAGGUUGUGCUCCAGAUAAAGUUAGUUAUUAUACUGUGACGGGAGUUUUAUGCAAGGAGAAAAGGAUUGAUGAACUGAAAGGGCUUCUGAAGAAGAUGUUGGAAGUGAGUAAAUUGCAGCCAGAUCAAGUCACUUAUAAUACUCUUAUUCACAUGCUUUGCAAGCAUGGUCAUGGAGAUGAGGCACUGGGGUUCCUACGCGAAGCAGAGGAGAGAGGGUUUCGUAUCGACAAAGUUGGGCACACUGCGGUAGUGCAUUGCUUUUGUCAGGAAGGACAAAUAGAUAGGGCUAAAGGUAUCAUUGAUGAAAUGCUAUUGAAGGGAUGCAGCCCAGAUGUUGUGACAUAUACUGCUGUUUUGAAUGGAUUUUGUCGCGUGGGGAAAGUUGACCAAGCUAAGAAAUUGCUGCAGGAGAUGUACAAGCAUGGUUGCAAGCCUAACUGUGUAUCAUACACAGCCUUGUUAAACGGGCUUUGUAGGGGUGGGAACUCUUCGGAGGCAAGAGAGAUGAUGGACAUGAGCGAGGGGUGGUGGACUCCGAACUCUGUGACGUACAGUGUAAUCUUGCAUGGGUUUCGUCGUGAAGGGAAGCUGUCUGAGGCCUGUGAUAUAGUGAUGGAGAUGAUCAGAAAAGGGUUUUAUCCUUCUCCUGUCGACAUCAACCUAUUGAUUCAAUCAUUAUGUCGAGUUGGCAAGACAGAGCAAGCUAGGAAGUUAAUGGAGGAGUGCCUUAAAAAGGGGUGUGCUGUCAAUGUUGUGAACUACACCUCUGUAAUUCAUGGAUUUUGCCAAAAUGAUGACUUAGCCUCAGCUCUAUCUGUGUUUGAUGACAUGUAUUUGAAUAACAAACACCCCGAUGCAGUGACAUUUACAACGGUAGUAGAUACGCUGGGAAGGAAAGGUAGAAUUGACGAGGCUACUGAAAUGGUCAAGAAAAUGCUCCAUCGCGGUUUGCUUCCUACUCCUGUCACCUAUAGGUCACUUAUCCAUAAUUUCUGCCAGCAUGGAAGGGUAGAUGAUAUGUUGAAGCUGAUAGACAAGCUGCUGCCUCGACAAAGCUUCAAAACAGCCUACAACCAAAUUAUUGAAAAGCUUUGUUGUUUUGGGCACACUGAUGAGGCUUACAAGCUCAUGGGAAGAGUUCUGAGAACUGCUUCCAAAAUUGAUGUGGAUACUUGCCACAUUCUUAUGAGAACCUUCUUAAGGAAUGAGAAUCCUCUUGGAUCAUAUCAAGUGGCUUCUAGAAUGUUCAAUCGGAAUUUGGUUCCUGAUUUGAAGUUGUGUGAGGAAGUGAGUAAGAAGUUGAUCUCACAGAAGAAACUAGAGGAGGCUGAUAAGCUUAUGCUGCGAUUUGUGGAACGUGGGCAUUUUUCGUCUAAUACAAAACAGGCUCUCCAUAGUUGAACUGCAAAGUUCAGCCAUUCUUCGAUAUACAUACUGGUAAAAUAAUCUCAAAGAAGAUAGGUAAAUGUAGGCAUUAAGGAAACUGGUGAGAUUGAUUUCCCUUGGAUGGUUUAUUGUUAUUAAUUCAAUCACAACCACUGUAUUAGGUUAUGUAAAGUGCUGCUCUCUUUUUCUUAGAACUAGUUUCUGAAUUUCCCUUGGACGUCUCAAUUAUUUUUUCGAUCUUAGGUUUGUGAUUUGGAAGUCCUUUUUAUAAUCUUAUUAUACCGCUAGUUCACAAAAUGAUAUUCAUAGUUUUCCUCUUGGCAAUAGAUCCCAAUAGUUUCAUGCUUGUAUUGCAUUUUUAUGUUUUUUUUUGUUGCUUGGGGGGGGGGGGGGGGUGUGAAUCAGUGAUAUAACAUUAGGAUUGAAUACAACUAUUUGUUUGUCCAUUUAACAUUGAAUUCAUCAGCUUGCCUUGUUUCAAAUAGCAUGCAGUGUGGGCAUAUAUGGAUAUCAUUGUGGGACAGAAAAAAAGUGAUAGGAAAAUUUGCAACUGGUUGGAACUGGUUGGUUAUGAUGUACUUGAUUCUUUGUUUAUUUUGGAUUAAGUUCACUCCAAGAGUAUACAACUUCCCUUUUUACAAGAUCCCACACUCUUAUUAUAUAUCUCAACCUUACAAACCUCUCUUUUUAACCAAAAAAAAUACACUUUUUCUACAUAGUAGGACCUUUAGUAAUACCCUUUAUCCACUGAAAACACACCCACCAGUAUCCACCAACUAUUUUCUUAAAACGUGUGCUGGUCAUACGUUGUAUACUUUUCAUGGACGGAGGGAGUAUUUGGUAUGAAUAUCCUUUAGUUUGUGAGUUAUCCUCUCAAUUUCCAUAGUAAGUUUGGUUUGGGUGGGAGGAGACUGGAGAGUCUUACUAUUUAAAAAUGGCACUGUGUGUGCUUUGAGUAGAAUUUUUGUUCUGCAAGGUUCUUAUUAAUUUUUAAAAUGAUUUUUAGGUUGCUGCAAUUUUCCGCAAAUCUUUAAGGUUGACUCAUGAGAGCCGCAAAAUGUUUGCAUCUGGUAAAAUUACUAAUUUGAUGACUACAGAUGCUGAAGCUCUUCAGCAAAUAUGUCAAUCACUCCACACUUUGUGGUCAGCUCCUUUACGAAUUAUUGUUGCCCUGAUUCUUCUUUACAAGCAGCUGGGUGUUGCUGCUCUUCUCGGGGCACUUUUGCUUGUUUUUCUUGUAAGAAUAUUUAUAUUCUUAUGCGACCUAUGUAUCUAUUGGUUUAAAAUUAAAGUUCAAGUUCAUAAUAUUAAAAGCUAAAAGGGAUUUUAAUAUUAAA